CCAAGCUGGAGUCAUAUGAAGAAAAACCUGGGGGAAAGAAAGUCUCUUUUGAAGGUGCCGUUUCCACUGCUUUCAUGUGACGGCUUCAAAGUGAAUGUUCCGUGAGGACCAUUUGUUGUUCUGCUGCACGGUAAAGGAUUGGGUGGCUGGGGGAACCCGUGAUGCCGAGGGGCUCUUGUGUUCGGGGAUCCUAGAGGUCAACCAAAUUUGUUCAUUGGUGCAAGCAUUUUCUGAACCCACCUAGUCCUUAUUCGCCGUGAUGAAUUGCAGGUAGUUAAAGUUGUCGGCAAGCGGUUUUCCAGUAGCGGCUCAAUGAUGCGGCGUGUCCCUUAUGACCUAUGCAAGUCCAAAUUGAAAUUUUUUUUCUGUGCAAACAAAGAUUCUUCCGCUAGCGAGCCUUCAGGACUGAAAAGCGAAAAAAGCAAACCAUCCCACAAGCCCAAAUGGAAAACAUGGUGUUAAGUCAGUGACAGGGCCUCCAGGCAAAAGCAAACACAACCAUUUUUACAUUUUCCAACAUUCAUUUUCUCUCAUGUCACACAUUAAAGGAAUAUUUUGACAAGGAAAAGAACAUUUCCUUUUUUUUUUAUCUUCUCCUUCUGCCACACUUUUCAAAAAGAACUCUAGUUCACAGCUAGUUGAUGGAGAAUUUUUGCUGGGUAUGUGAAACAUUUUUUUUUUCUUGUACUUUUUAAAAGAAUGCACCUUUUCCUCUUUCACUGUCUUAAUUGAAUAUUUUCCUGCUGCAUGAUUGCACCUUGUUAGCGUUGAGUGUGAAAAACAAAGCCUGCAGGCCAUUUGCAAUACAUCGCACCGCAUUAAAUGUCCUUGUCACCAGUACCAUAUGACCUGUGCCUCAUAUAAGAUGUUGGUAAGUGUUGCAUACUGCUUUCGUGUCCACCACACACACACACACACACUGCAUGUCAAAGGCUUCGGUGAAUUCCCAAGCGUCAAAUGUGUAGGUGGCGUCCGUAGUGAUGGCAAGAGAGUGCAAGAAGUGAUGAUGAAAGGUCCUCGGAAAUGAUUUUUUCCAUCCCCCCCUGCUGAGGUCCUCUCUUGCUGUCCGUGCCUUGGUCUCGUGUCUGUGUUGGACCGUGGUUGCAUAUACGGACAGCUGGACAGGACAAUAAAAAGCAGGUAAUCAACUGAUUGGUGGAGACACGGUUGAAGCAACACGUUAGUUAAUCUGUCCGUCCAUAUGUCCAGCACUCGGUCCAUCUGUCAUUUUAUCCACCUGUCUGUCCGUCAAAUGAUCAUAUUUGUUGGGCUCUUGAUGUAAAUUUCCACCUAUCCUGAUUAUGUGUGAGCACAAACAUCUGAUCUCUUCCAAGUAUGCAGAAAGUGAACAAGCCUUUGAAAUCUCGAAAUAGAAACAAGAACCAAACGGCCUUGCCUUCCCUUCAAAGACGAGCACAGGCUGCGAUCACGCAAGCAUGUCCAAUCUAGCGAGCGAGCUUCUUCAGACGAUGACCCGUCACUCAAAGGCAGACGCAAACAAUGAAGCGCGGCGAGUAAGCCGACUGGCGGAGGUGUCAUUCAGCACCGCUCGUAUGCAUGAGGCGGAAAUUUGUGCGACGCUGACAUGCACGGGAAAGGUCACGAAAUGAAAGCGUUCCAUUCAGAUGAAGAACACUUGACUUGCGUGCACCACGAUGACCGACAAAUAGUCAAAGCGAGCAAAUGCGACCAGGCGGCAAAACGCUCUCCAAAAGAGACACUGACUGUGUUCACAAUUUGUCAGAACCUAGAUCCAAUUACAGAGUCUUGUCCUUGAUGCUAGCAAACAUUAUCACGUGAGAGGCACCAAUGCCAAUCGGGUUUUCAGUUGAUCCAUUCAACCACCAAUCUACCUUUCUAUCUCUAAGGCACUUUUGGAAACCCACCCAACUCACCAAAUAUUGCUCCUUGUCAAAUAAAUGAGGACACGCAUACUGUAAACGGUCUGGUGAUCCAGGGCUGAUCGGCUAUUUUAUUAGAGAGAUCAUGGGAAGCAGAGAAAAAGAAUCCCAAGACAGAAUGGUGUCGAGACGAAGGAGGCAAGAACGUGACAAAAUGACGGAUAAGUCAACAAACGGUCAUGAGCGUGCAGUGAAGCAGGGUGUUAAAAGUGACAAGCCAUCAAGUCAGACAGAGUGAAGAAGAAGACACCCGGUGCAUCAAAUGGACUGUAAAACAAAUGAGAUCCAAAGAAUCCGCCGCACCUCAGAUCUCACAUGACAGACAGACGGGGUAGGCGUGUGAGGCCAGUUAUUUAAAGCUCUGACAUUGUUGCCAACAAUGCGGAGCUCAGUGCGUAACGAUCUUUGUGCUUUCCAGGUUAGUCGUUUGCUCAAAGUAAUUCGUUUUUUUCCAUUUGAUCCUUUCAAACCAAAAAAAAUUAUGUUUAUCUAUGCUGGAUGAAGUCAUUGCAUAAAUAUCCGAUCAAGUCCAAAUGUAAGCACCGGGGCUCCUCCUUUUUGAUGUAAUGUUGAAAAGAGCAAGCAAUAAUAGCGCACUAAAAUAGGCGAUGCGGAGUUGCCAUGGCAACGGCAUUGCGCCAUCUUUUGCAGUCCUGAGAUGGAGUAGAAGUUAGAAUGGAGUGUUUAGGAGAGGACUCGGCACUAGAUUGGUAUUUGCGUGCAUUGAAAAGACACGAGUAGCAGCACCCUUCAGCUAAUUGAGCCAUCAAUCCACCCCCGGCGAAAUGCUGGCUUGCUAUCUCCCUUCGUUUUUGAUUGACAAACGAAUUAAGAUGAUGACGUUUAAAUGUUCCACUUCAAAAGUUGCCGUGGAGCAGAUUUUUCUUUGAAUGGCCCAGCAAUCUUGUCGUGGUCUUGGACUUCACUACAUAUUUUUUUCAUUUUUAAUAAUAUAAAUCAUUCGAUCUUGUCAAGACUUCCACUUAACUUCUGUUUUACUUUACCUAACAUAUUCACGGUGUCGGUGACACGAUAUCAGACUCUCGAACAUCAAUCCGCUCUUCAUCACUCCUCCCUUUCCUCUCCUUGGUGGCCCUGGUCGUCUCAUCCGUCUCCUUUCCCGCUUUCCAUUAGUCUUUUCAACUCCCCCUUGGUUCUCACUCAGAUCCCCUCCCUGCUGCCACCGAGCAGCCUGAAGGCAGAGUCAGCGUUGGAAGGUGAAGUUUGGUGCAGGGGAGGAGGAGGCCACUUUAUUCCUUAAGACCUGCACCAUCCAAUGAUAUCCAACAGAAAAUGCAUUUAAAGACUGACCCGCCUGCUCUCUGCAGCGCAGCAGACGUCAUGGAGGAACCCCAGAGAAAAAAGAGUCAGCGACAUGAAGGCACCAAGCACGGAAAGGUCAGGUUCAAGCUGGCGUCGUCCUACAGCGGCCGGGUCCUGAAGCACGUGUACGAGGACGGGCAGGAGCUGGACAGCCCUGAGGAGAAGUACCCUCACAGCUUCCUCCCGCACGGCAAGAUAGCGCCUAGCCACCUGGAGAUGGAGCAGCGGUGCGGCUUUGAGGAGUCUUCAUCGGAACGCCAGGGUGUGGAGCCUCCAACCGGGCUCAUUGCCCAGAGAAUCAACGUGUACAGAGGCAUAGGAGGCGGCUACAAGGCUGCUGCGGGCCACACCAACCAAACAGAUGGAGACCCCAAAUCGGUGUUGGACUUCGGAAAGAUCAUCAUCUACACCAGCAACCUGCGAAUCGUACGAGCACCUGCGAGGAAGGCCGACGUUGUACGCCACGGGACGGCGCCCCCCGCCUCUCCGGAGGUUUAUCCGCAGGCCCGUGAGCGUGGCAGCAGGAGGCGUGCGAAGGAGGCCGAGCGCAAAGCAACCUCGCAGGCGCAGGAGCCGGCGGGCUGCCAGCUCUGCGGCGGCUCGGGCCGCACACCGUGCUCGCUGUGUCACGGCAGCAAGCUGUCCAUGCUGGCCAACCGCUUCAACGAGUCCAUCAGCGAGCUGCGCUGCCAGGCUUGCUACCCUCACGGCCUGGAGAGGUGCCAGGCUUGCGCCGGCAAGUCGCCAUUUUUGCCCACCGCUCGUACCCGGCAGGGAAGGGGAGGGCCCGCCAGCCAGUAAAUGGAAGUGUUUGACGCUCAAGUGUGUGUGUGUCCGGACGAAUCCCAAAUGUUCAUGGCGGGGGUUCAAACGCGAGACAUGGCUGAAUAGGGGGAUUAUGACAGCACGCCUGUAAAAUACAUUUUAAUGUGUGCCGUGAAUAUAAUAUCCCACUUUGCCAGAUCUUAUUAUUUUGCUGUUCUCCUUAAUUAAACACAAUUAAUCUCUGGGCACCAAAGUCAAACACUGUUGACUUAAAUUCAGACAGUUUGUAUCAGCAAUCAAAUGGAUGAGUUUUGAAAUCAUUUUGAAAAAUAAUACUGAUAAUUAUUCCAGUGUGCACUGGACAGGACUUUUUAAGAGUUUGAAUUUAAUUCUCAGGAUAUUGCCAAUUCAGAUUGUUUGUGUCUGACAUUUGAGAUUUUUUUAGUAAAGAUUGUUGUGAAGGGGUUUCUUUGCCUCAGUAUGCUAAGAAGAAAAUAAUAAAAUCAUUCAAAAUACA